AUGGCGCCGCGUCCAUCGGCGCAACGGCGCUCCAAUGCGCAAAGCGAGGCUUUUCAUGACUUGGGUGUCAGGGGCCGGAAAACAGGCGUCUUUCUCAAGGAUACCGGUGCCCGCGACGAGCAUGGCAUGCAGCCACUGGACGACAUCUUUUCCUCCCCUGAAAAGGACAGCCAGAAUCGUGUUGAGGAUGACGAGGACGAAGAAAGCGACGAGGAGCCUAUGGAUAUUGACGAGACCACCGGUCCAGCGCCAUCAGCAUUCAUGAAUGGCAGUCGCUUCCCUCCGGCGCGCGCCAGGUCGCCGCCAAAGACCAACAUGCAGUCGCCAGCAAAGCGAAAUCCCCACCUCGGCCACUCAUCAUCUCCGAUCCGGGGGUCUGUCGUACGGCCCAGUGACGACGCAUCAUCUUCCCCAAGACCUUCGAAGCCUCCUCAGCGGAAGCUCGAUUUUAAGAACAAGCCGAGCCUCCCAAAGACGAAUGGUAUCAAUGGGAAGGGCAAGGCGGUUGCGACUACAAAUGGCCACGUUUCGCCUGCUGAGGAGGAGGAGGAGCCCCAGCUCGACGAGGAAUCAAUGGCUAUUCUAGACGGAGGUGACGACUAUGCCGAGGAGGACGAUGAGGCGGCUGAGGAGUAUGACGACGCUACGGAGCCUGCAGAUGCCGAGGAAGAGCAAGUGGAAGAUGAGCCACCUGCACCCCCUGCGGCCAAGCGCAAGGGGCGACCCAAGAAAGCAGCCCCUGUCGAAGAACCAGAAGACGCCCCAGAAGAAAUAGCCGAAGAGCAACCCGAGGAGGAGCCGAUCAUGCAAUCUGUCGAGGCCGACGUAGAGCCUCCACGUGCUGGCAAAAAGAGAGGAAGGCCAUCCAAGAACAAGGCCGCCGAAGAGGAGACCGCUGAGCAGCCAACAAAGAAGAAGGCAAAACGUGUGUCCGAUGUCGCUGAAGACGAAACAGGCGAAUCGUCUCAGCAAAAUAGUGGACGGAAACGCGGCCGGCCUAUGGCUACUACAGCUGCGGGGAGUAACAAUUCUUCAAUGGCAGCGAAGAAGCCGACUGUACCCAAGCAGAAGCAAGCCAAAAAGCCGAGGAUAUCUACUGGCGUUGGUGAUACGUCACUCGCAGAGGUGCCGCGCGGGCCACCACUGCCAAAAUCCCGAGGCUUGAUAAUAUCGCGGCGUGAGACUCCGGGCGGCUUGACGACGCGAUCCGGGCGAACUUCCUACCAGCCGCUCCAGUACUGGAAGAACGAGCACGUCGAGCUUGAUGACGACGAGGUCUUUGACGACGGCAAGCAACACAUCAGACUUCCGCGCAUCAAGGAGAUUGUCCGCUACGACGAGCCAGAGGCGGAGCACAAGGCGGCUCGUCGCAAGGCCGGCAGGCCCGCUGCGGGGAAGAAGAGCAAGCGCCGAGACUACGACUCAGAGGAGGACGAGCUCGAGCCGUGGGAGGAAAACGCCGACUCCAUCUCGGGUGAGGUGGUCGUCUGGCAGCCCGAGCACGAGCUCAACCCCCCGGGCCCAGACGAGCAGAUCGAGGUGGCCGAAGAGCAGCUGGCCGUGUCGGCGGGGGCCAUCGUCACCCGCGAGAUCCGCAACGCGACCUUCAAGUUCGCGAAGACGCUGAGCACGCCCUUCUUCGGGGCCGGCGUGGUCGACCUGCCGCCGCACUCGGAGAAGAAGCCCAAGAACGCGAGGAAGAUGCAUAUGGCCUUCUUCGUCUUCUCCGGGCGCGUCCAGGUCACGGUGGCGGAUACGACAUUCAGUAUCGGCAAGGGGGGUAUGUGGUUUGUGCCAAGAGGCAACUAUUACAGUAUCGAGAACGGCCGUGACCUGCCGGCGAGGAUUAUGUUUUCUCAAGGCUGCGAGGUGCUGAGUGGUGCUGUAGGCGAGGCCAGCAUGGUCGCGUAA